CAGCACUCACAUGGGAUGUUGGUGUUGCCAACAGGCUCUAUCCUACCCCAAUACCAGCCUCUGGAAAUGUUUGAGCACUGGAUGUCUGAUUAUAUCAGGGCCACCCACAUGGCCUCAUAUCCUCCAUUCAAGUGUGAGUUGCUCAUGAGCUGGGACCAGGAAAGCCGCUGUAAUAGACUGAAGUACAGAGGUGGGCUUAGCACAGGAAAGGCCGAGAGCAGGGAUGUGGGAAGGGGGUUGUUGCACUGCCCCACUGGCACAGGCCCUCGGGAUGCUGACAUUGUCAGUAGGCAUCUACGCUCUGAAAACUGGUAUCAGUCUCAUUACCUUCAUAUAAGUUCAUCAGAAUUUUACUUGUGUUUAUUUACACAUUGUUUUGGUCUCCACAGAUAUAAAAGUGCUAGAAGGAGUUAUGCUUGUUCAUUUUAAGAAAUGAUAUAAUAAAUAAGGACUGAAUACAAGUAAUUUCAUUUAAUUAAGAACUGAACACAAAGAGUUAAUGCAAAGUAAACCAGGGAGGUUUCGUAGGACUAGUAGGCUCACUUUAGAGGCCACUUGAACCCUGAGUUCAAAGGACCUUGAUGCAAGACUUUUAGCUCUCCGAGGCAGAGAUUUCCUGGCAUAUUUGUAUCCUGCACAGUUCCCUUCUGUGUUUUUGAGAAAUAUUAGUCAAGUUGAAGAAUUAGCAGACCUUGUUAUCCUAGGUGUACAUGCAGCCAAUGCUUUUGGCUCACGGUAAUGAAAAGGAGCCCUCUGAAAGUAACUUCUCUGCUUCUUCUCUGAUUGUCUCCUUUAGGAGUGAGCCAUGACGUUUUCUUAUUGAUGUUUGCAUGACCUGAACGCUUGCCAGGUUGACAAUAGCUGGCAGUAGCUAAAGGCUGUUUGCCACAUGUGACUCAUCAGCCCAAGCUUUUAGGUUAAUUUGACUAAGAUCUGACCUGACCAACUGAACUCCCACAACUGUUCAAGGAAAAAGGACCAAGUGACAUAUAGAGCAAGAUGAACGCCAUGCUGGAGACGCCGGAGCUCCCGGCUGUGUUUGAUGGGGUGAAGCUGGCUGCGGUAGCUGCUGUUCUGUACGUGAUUGUCCGCUGUUUGAAUCUGAAGAGCCCCACAGCUCCACCUGACCUCUACUUUCAGGACUCAGGGCUGUCACGCUUUCUGCUGAAGUCCUGUCCUCUUUUGACCAAAGAGUACAUUCCACCAUUGAUCUGGGGGAAGAGUGGACACAUCCAGACGGCCUUGUAUGGGAAGAUGGGCAGGGUGAGGUCACCACACCCCUACGGGCACCGGAAGUUCAUCACCAUGUCUGAUGGAGCCACUUCAACUUUCGACCUCUUUGAGCCCUUGGCUGAGCACUGCGUUGGAGAUGAUGUCACCAUGGUCAUCUGCCCUGGGAUUGCCAAUCACAGCGAGAAGCAGUACAUCCGAACCUUUGUUGAUUAUGCCCAGAAAAAUGGCUAUAGGUGUGCUGUGCUGAACCACCUGGGUGCCCUGCCUAACAUUGAACUGACCUCGCCACGCAUGUUCACCUAUGGCUGCACGUGGGAGUUUGGAGCCAUGGUGAACUAUAUCAAGAGGAUGUAUCCCCUGACCCAGCUGGUGGUGGUGGGCUUCAGCCUGGGUGGUAACAUCGUGUGCAAAUACCUGGGAGAAACUCAGGCAAACCAGGAAAAGGUGCUGUGCUGCGUGAGCGUGUGCCAGGGGUACAGCGCACUGAGGGCCCAGGAAACCUUCAUGCAGUGGGACCAGUGCCGGCGCUUCUACAACUUCCUCAUGGCUGACAACAUGAAGAAGAUCAUCCUCUCCCACAGGCAAGCCCUUUUUGGGGACCACGUGAAGAAACCCCAGAGCCUGGAGGACACAGACUUGAGCCGGCUCUACACGGCAACCUCCUUGAUGCAGAUUGAUGACAACGUGAUGAGGAAGUUCCAUGGCUAUAACUCCUUGAAGGAAUACUACGAGGAGGAAAGCUGUAUGCGGUACCUGCACCGGAUUUAUGUGCCUCUCAUGCUAGUCAACGCAGCCGACGACCCAUUAGUGCAUGAAAGUCUGCUGACCAUUCCGAAAUCUCUCUCAGAGAAACGGGAGAACGUCAUGUUCGUGCUGCCCCUGCAUGGGGGCCACCUGGGCUUCUUCGAGGGCUCCGUGCUGUUCCCCGAGCCCCUGACGUGGAUGGAUAAGCUGGUGGUAGAGUACGCAAAUGCCAUCUGCCAGUGGGAACGGAACAAGUCGCAGUGCUCCGACACGGAGCAGGUGGAGGCCGACCUGGAGUGAGGCCUCGGACUCCUGCGCGGCUCCAGCAGCCCUCCUCUGGAACCCGCGUCCCCUCACCCGCUAUUUCAGGUCUCCCAUUUCCCUCCAUGACCUGGAUCUGACCUCACCAUCAGCGGGGAGGGGCCCACCCACCACGCACGUCUUCAAUAGGCGGCUCUCUGGGAGCUCCAGGCUAUUUUUUGUGCUUAGUUACUGGUUCCCUGUGUUGUAUCAUUAGCCAUGGUGACAAGUGACAGGUUCUCACCCUCCUGUCCAGUUUCAGCAUCUGAUUGCUUUCGAGCCAAUGACAUCUAGUUUCCCUAUUAAAAAUGUGUGUGAAUAGCACUUUUGCUUUGCCAGUCAAAAGGCUUUUCCCAGAGAGCAGUCUGACAAAUGCUAUUUGGUGGUGGUUGUAUGUGCCUGCACGUAGACUCAGAGAUCAUUCUAAGCCAGCACUGAAGGCACACCCCCAUCUGGGAGUCUGGGGGUUCUCCCAGUGUGCGGCCUCUUAAACGAGAAAGGAAAUUCCCACAAGUCAUAAGCCAAGUUUUCCCCCCUUACUGCUGCUAAGGCAGUUUUCCCUCACCUUGCUGCUGAUGGAGAGUCCCAUGGGGCACUUGUUAAAAAUUCAGCCUCCCAGGUCCUUCCCCUUGGAGAAGCUGAGGCGGUGAGUCUGGGGAGGGGUCUGGGGAUUUUAAUGUCUGACCAGUGCCCCAGGCGGCUGUCAUCACCAGAUCCAUAGGAAAAGCCCUGUUGUAUAGCCCCUCUACCUUAGAAACAUCUUGGUAGCUGAUCUUUCUUGAGUCACGGUCACAAGUGUCUCUUCACUCCCAGGGACCUGCUGAGUAGCAGGUGUAGAGUCUCCAGACAGGCCCUGGAUACGAAUGAACCCUGGCUCUGCCUCUUCGUGGCUAUAUGACCCUGGAAAAGUCCUCUCAGACUUUCAACUUCCUUACCUGUAGUGUGAGGGACUUGGACCAGGUAGAUUGCCGAGACAACUACUACUAAAGUUCAAAUGACAAACUCAGUGUACUGAGGUUUGAGAGAACAUCACUCCAGGGGAGCCUGGGGACUAUUCUCCCAGGCAAAGCAUGUGGGUGACAUCGUUUGCCUUUCUUCUGUAGUCCCUCAUUUCAUAUUAAAAAGUUUUGGGGAUUUUUUUUUUUUAAGCAAUUGUAACUUUAGUGUUUUAACCCAGGUCUCUCUGUCUGUGGCUUUUGAUACCAGUCAAUUCAAAAGUUAGAUUUGAGUUUAGAGAAAAAUACUUGCAACCAAAAGAUAUGACUUGGAGACCAGAUUUCUAAUAACUCUAUAUUUGUGGAAUAUUGGGUAGAUCUUUCCCAUUCUGGGUUCUAAGUAUUCCUUUUCUGCAAACCUGUGGCUUAGCUCUCUAAAAACCCUACACUUUGAAAAAUCCACAGCUGCUGUCUGAAACUGAGCAGACCCAUGGGUGAAACUGCCUGGAUCCUGAUAAAAUCCAUGUGUCACCUUUGGCUCCACAACAGGCUGCAAGAGAAAUAGUGGGUCUGUGUGGAUGUGUGGGAAUCAGAGGAUCUGCCUGAGACCCAGACGGUCACGGGUGGGUAUAGUUUGGACUCUGUCGCCUCGAGAAAUUGUUUUCUGGCAAUCACCAGAUCUUCCUUCUAACAUGAAACAACAGCCAUUUGUCUCAAAAGAUUGAGAUAUCUGUCAUCUCAACUAAUUUACUUCAGUGUGUCAUUUCUCACACCCACCAAAUCCUGUCUCCGUGACUUUCCCCCGAGUUGCUAUUUCUCUCCUGUGUUUCUUUUUCAUAUUCCUUCAGCACAGAUUGGCACUUUAUCACCUACCCCUUGAUUUGGAAGCCAGUGCCUCUCUGUUACUUUUCCCUCCACCCAAACACACUUGUAAUCUAGAAAACUCAUAGUCCUGUUUCCUCCUGUUAACAUUCAUUCCUGUGCAAAUAGUUGAACCAAGCAAUAACUUAGUAGAAUUGAAUCACUGUCCCAGGAAGUGAGAGACUUGUUUUCAUUUGCCUGAGGCCACGUGUCUUGAACUAUUCUGACAGAAGCUACCCAGGUACCGGAAGGGGAAUGGCGGUCCUGUAACACACCCAUGGCAGGGGACUGGGAGUCCUUGAGCGAGCCUGGUCUGCAUUGUUCCGAUGACCCCCACACAGGAGAGGCAGGGCUGGGGGCGUAGCCUCUGCUUCCUCAAUGCCAGAAUGUCCCCGCAGGGCUGCGAGGGCCGCGUCCCAGCUGAAAUCCCUGUGUGGCUCUGAAAAGCACUGACGUCCCAUCUUGGCUCACAUGACAUCAACGGAAGCCCUUUGUUUGCACGUCAGGCUCUCGGGCCUGGAAAUGAGAAAGUGACUGUGUCUGUCUUUCAGGAAAAUCCUUGGUUGUCCCUGAAUGAAAACACAGAGACAUUGAAUUCAGGGAUGCCAACUUGUCUAAUCAACGAGGGAGUGGCACCGUUCAUGUAGGUCAGCUCCUUUCCGUCCUCCACUUCCUUGCUUUGCCCCCCCACCAAGGUCAUCCAUUUCUGAUGCUACUAUGAAUGCCCUUUUUGCUCUUUGUUCCUAAUUGGGGUAAAAUAAGAUUGAGGUUUGUUUUUUCUUUUAAGGGUGUUUGGAAAUAAUAUUUUGAAAUCAUAUUAAAGAUAUAAAUUACAUAGUCUAGACAGUUUGUUGUAUAAAUGACCUAGCACAAAGACGGGGACGACACCCACGGUUCUCCAGCUGGACCCUCUCUCCUAAACAGUCUGAAGCCACUGAUGAGACACUCAUCCCAGGCACAUGAGGAAUUUCUGACUUUAAAAUUUAGUGCCAGUUCUCCUAGCCGCAUGUAUGUUAGAAGGGAGUGUAGCAGACUUGAAAAAAAAAACCCUCUCUUUCCUGCUGGGCGAUUGCACCCAGUGAUUGCAGACAGGAAGUUGUUAAAAUACUCAUCUAAACUCUGGGGUUGUGUGACCUGUACAGGGAACCCCUGUCCUACCAGAAGGGUGGAAAGGCACCCAAAAGGGGAGUAUUCCCUUCUCCACUUAGUGUUAUGGAACCAGGGUCCCCUAUACCUGGGUCCUUGUCCGGUCUCUUAUUCACACUGGAUCACAGGCAAGUCUCCCUCACUCCCUUCACCUCCUGAGCCUGUGUAACCUCCUCUUCCAGCUUGUCUAAAACCAGGUCAUCUCUUGAUGCAACAUUUGCCUGACCUUGGCUUCCCCAGCCCUCGCAAGUGGAGACAGCUGUGGCAAGGCUCAGCGCUUGCCUUGAGGCGCCUUUGCCGGGCGGGAUGUUCCACGUGAGGCCUUUGCUGGCAGGAGCUGGAUGCUGUCCAGAGCCCUGUGUCUUCAGCCUCUUACUUCAGAGCAUCCCACUGUCACCAAGCACAGCAUCCUGGCUCUUCUGAGGGCGGUCUUGUGCCUGCGGCAGGUGCUGGGCGUCGGAAGGAGGGAAGCGUCUCCAUCCUGUAGUGCAGCUCAGGCAGGGCAUUGUGAGCAAAGCCCUUCCUGCUCGGGCUUCCAGCCCACAACCACAGCCUUGGUGAAAGCUGACCUUGGCCUGAAUGAGAGCACUCAUUGUGACUGUGUGACUCAAGACUGUUGGGCCAGCUCCCAGGAAGCCGGGUGUGCGUUCUUGUUAGUGUCUGCCAGGCAAGCAGGUGUCUGCGAUGUGAGAGGCAUUGAUUCCCUCUUGGAGGCACAGUGAGGCUCACCCGGCAGAGUUGAAGGAACUCACGGUCUUUGCCUAUUAGGCAGCCGGGUGGAGCUACUUAGCAUCUUCACUGUAGCUUUCUGUCACUGUGGCAUCAGGAAUUGUUGGUCCUUUGCCUAGAAAGCCUUAACUUGCCUCUAGAAAAUCCCCUGGUAUUACAAUAUCAUGGCAUUGGAACUCUUAAGUCUCCUGCUACGGGAGCUUAGAGCGGAGCCAUAGCAAACUCCUCCAAUCCCCUCACGUGGCCUAGGAGCUCCUAUUUCAUUUUCAUCUUCCCAUUCCACCCCUCACCAGUAUGAAUGGUCUGGAACCAGCCAAAACACUGCAUUUUUACCUUCCUAUCUUCUCGGGACCCUACACUGUUCUUCAAAGCCACUUUGGAUUAUUGGCUGCUUCCGAAAAUCAUGGAAAGUGGCCUGCCUCUGGCGUUCAGAAGCCAAGCAGUCGAGGGAAAGACUAUCCUGUACCUCUGCUACCUGAGCAGAGGACAUGCCCUCUCUGCCCCCACCCCUUUCUAAACUAGGAUUGCUUUGCCAAAUUGUAUUUGAAACUAAGGAAAGGGGAACUGGCUCCUGCAGGCAGAAAGCACCGGAACACCUUCCAAAGCAGGGGCAGCUUCCUCUCGCCUGCUUCACUGCGUCGCCAGCCCUGGAUCCUGGGCCCAGUCAGCCUCACCAGUUGUGCUGACUACCGGAAAGGCCCCUUGGAAAGUGUGCCAGUGUCCCCUGUUUUCUGACGUUUUUCCUAGCAUGUUUGUGGGUAAAGCUUCCACGUGUCCUUCAUAGAUGAGCUGAAGUCCGUCUCUGACAGGUGGGCUCAGUCCUACAUUGUUGAGUCCCUCGAAGCUUUCAGCAUUUUAACUAGAGGCUAUCAGUCAAUGAAACCAAUACUCUGCCUUCUCACCGUUCUGGUCCCCAUUAGCCAAGAGAUCCAUUAUUGCCAUAAUUUGGGGCCAAUCCUCUUACAGCACCUGCAGAAACACCUUCAGUUUCCAUGAGAGUUCACCACGACACGCCCCCCCCAAUGCCAACCUAAGCAGCCAACAGCCUCCUGUGAUAACUGCCCACCCCACCCCCGCCUCUCCCCAACGUCCGCGCCACCACAUCUUUUCCUGGCUACUCUUGAGCGUGGACGAAGUUCCUGGGCAUAGGAGCUGGGCUUUGUUUGGUUCUUCUCAGCCUUGCUUUAGUUUUCUGAAAGCACAAGUCCAGUGUAGAAUCCUGCCACCUCUCAGCACCAGUUCUAGGUGAUCCGGGUCUCCCAGUGCCUCAGGAAGACCUUCACUACCUGAGCUUUUGACAUCCGCCACUGCAGCUGCCUUCGGGACACCAGGGCGGGAGGGAGUGGGGACGGGGGAGGAAGAGCGGGGUCGUGCCUCUCCUUGUCCUGGGUGGACUCCGUUCAACCGCAUUCUUCUGUUGGCAUCUCUGCUUCCAGAUUGAUUUUUGGAGAACCAUCACUUUCACAUUCCUAAUCCUGCUUUGUUUUUGUUGUGUUUUGUUUGAAUUUUCUAAAACUUAAACAUGCUGCCCUGAAAAUACUGUAUUUUUGCAUUUGUGUUCUGAGAGCCUCCGUGCAGCUGGAUCUUUGGGCGGGGGGUGGGGGAUGGAAUUCAGGAUCCAUUAGCACUGAGGUAUUUAAGAUUCGCAACUAGCAAUGCAAUUUUUUCUAAAUAUGGGAAUAUUUACCUUUAUUAAGAAACGAUACUAAACAAUGGUGUCCUGAUUAUUUUAUUAUCUUCUCAUAAUUACUUUUGAUUCUACUUGGAUUCUGUGUGGUGGUAAACAACAAUCAUUGCAAACAAAAACUGUAAUUUUGUUAUCUUGGAUUCCAUGGGAUUUCUUUACUUAAAAAAAAAAAAACGUAAUAAAGACUAAAA